AUGGGUAAGGGUACUCCUUCUUUCGGUAAGCGUCACAACAAGUCUCACACUCUAUGCAACAGAUGUGGUCGUCGUUCUUUCCACGUUCAAAAGAAGACUUGUGCUUCCUGUGGCUACCCAGCUGCCAAGAUGAGAUCUCACAACUGGGCUGCUAAGGCUAAGAGAAGAAGAACCACCGGUUCCGGUAGAAUGUCCUACUUGAAGCACGUCUCUAGAAGAUUCAAGAACGACUUCCAAUCCGGUGUCGCCAAGCCACAAUCCGCUUAA